GGCCAGGGGAGGGCCUGCCAGGUGAGGCGCGGUCAGCCCAGCCUCUCACUUCCGCCCAGGUGAGGGAGGGCCGACGCCGCGCCCUCACGCCGGCCCGCCUGCUCUGGAUCCCACCCUUGUCUCUGCUAGACCAGGUUUCUUUAAAGUUAUUGAAGACAAUAAUUCAAAAUGCCUGAAAAUCCUGCUACAGAUAAACUGCAGGUCCUGCAAGUUCUUGAUCGGCUGAAAAUGAAAUUGCAGGAGAAGGGUGACACCUCACAGAAUGAGAAGCUAUCUAUGUUUUAUGAGACACUAAAGAGUCCUCUCUUCAACCAGAUACUCACACUCCAGCAGUCCAUCAAGCAACUCAAGGUGCAACUCAGUCAUAUACCUUCAGAUUGUUCGGCCAACUUUGAUUUUUCAAGGAAAGGUUUAUUAGUGUUCACGGAUGGUGCCAUUACUAAUGGGAAUGCCCAGCGGUCCACUAAUAACUUGACUGUAUCAGGAUUAUUUCCUUGGACCCCUAAGUCAGGAAAUGAGGACUUUAACUCAAUCAUUCAGCAGAUGGCACAGGGCCGGCAAAUUGAAUAUAUAGAUAUAGAACGGCCUUCAACUGGAGGCCUUGGAUUCAGUGUGGUGGCCCUUAGAAGUCAAAAUCUGGAAGUUGCUAUCUUCGUGAAGGAAGUGCAGCCAGGGAGUAUAGCAGACAGGGAUCAAAGGUUAAAGGAAAAUGACCAAAUAUUGGCGAUUAAUCAUACACCCCUGGAUCAGAACAUCUCCCACCAGCAAGCAAUUGCAUUGCUACAACAAACCACUGGGUGUUUGAGUCUGGUUGUGGCCAGGGAGCCAGUCCACACAAAAAGCAGCACUUCGACCAGCCUAACCGAUACAGUUCUCCCUGAAACAGUUCGUUGGGGCCAUAUUGAAGAUGUUGAGCUCAUUAAUGACGGCUCUGGAUUAGGUUUUGGAAUAGUUGGAGGAAAAUCAAGUGGUGUGGUUGUGAGGACUAUAGUUCCUGGAGGAUUAGCAGAUCGAGAUGGAAGACUCCAGACAGGGGACCACAUCUUGAAGAUUGGUGGCACAAAUGUGCAGGGAAUGACCAGUGAGCAAGUUGCACAAGUGCUGAGGAACUGCGGGAAUUCAGUCAGGAUGCUAGUUGCAAGAGACCCAAUUGGUGAAAUAUCUGUAACCCCUCCGACCCCUACGGCCUUGCCUGUUGCCCUGCCUGCUAUACCUGGCAGGAGCCCUAGUUCUGACAAUUCUAGUCUUUAUGAAACUUACAAUGUUGAACUCACUAAAAAAGAUGGACAGAGUCUUGGCAUUAGAAUCGUUGGCUAUGUUGGAACUGCUUAUACAGGAGAAGCAUCAGGGAUUUAUGUGAAAAGCGUGAUACCUGGCAGUGCUGCCUACCACAGUGGACAGAUUCAAGUGAAUGACCAGAUAGUUGCUGUUGAUGGUGUGAAUAUUCAAGGUUUUGCCAACCAGGAUGUUGUUGAAGUAUUACGCAAUGCAGGGCAAGUGGUGCGCUUAACCCUAGUUCGAAGGAGGACACCCUCACCAGCUUCCUUACCUGUGGAACAGCCCCCACUUGUGGAACAGCCCCCACUUGUGGAACAGCCCCCACUUGUGGAACAGCCCUCAGACAGAGGAGCUGCUGUAGAACCACCCCAAACACCAGCCUUAUUGCCAACUGGAGCAGUGGAAGUAGAAACUAAUUUGGGUGGUGAAGAUGAGGAAAUGGAAGAACAAAUGGAUAAUCUAAAAAAUGACAACACACAAGCCUCAGGAAAACUGGAAAGAGCCCCUGACUUUCCAGAAAAUGAGCUGAAAUCCAGAUGGGAAAACCUACUGGGCCCUGAUUAUGAAGUAAUGGUUGCUACUUUGGACACACAAAUUGCCGAUGAUGCUGAGUUACAGAAAUAUUCAAAGCUCCUGCCCAUUCACACUCUGAGGCUUGGCAUGGAAGUGGAUUCCUUUGAUGGGCACCAUUACAUCUCUUCAAUUGCUCCAGGUGGUCCUGUUGAUACACUGAGCCUCUUUCAGCCAGAGGAUGAGCUUCUUGAGGUCAAUGGUGUGCAGCUCUAUGGGAAAUCGCGUCGAGAAGCAGUCUCCUUUCUUAAAGAAGUGCCACCCCCCUUUACGUUGGUUUGCUGUCGCCGGUUGUUUGAUGAUGAAGCCUCUGUAGAUGAACCAAGGACCACUGAAGCCUCUCUUCCUGAGCUGGAGGCUGAUCACAAUGUAGAUGUCAACAUUGAAGAAGAGGAUGAUGGGGAGUUAGCACUGUGGUCUCCUGAAGUCAAGACUGUUGAAUUAGUAAAAGAUCAUAAAGGCUUGGGAUUCAGCAUUUUGGACUACCAGGACCCCUUGGAUUCCACAAAGUCAGUGAUUGUGAUUCGUUCCCUGGUGGCGGAGGGUGUUGCAGAGAGAAGUGGAGAACUGCUACCUGGAGACCGCCUGGUCUCUGUCAAUCAGCACUGUUUGGACAACACCUCACUUGCUGAAGCUGUGGAGCUGUUGAAAGCUGUGCCACCGGGCACUGUGCGCCUUGGCAUCUGCAAACCUUUGGGGGAAGAUGGUAAAGAAGAAGAAAGUCAUUAUAUUUUACAUUCAAACACUAUUGAAGAUGAGACCGAAAUUUCAGGAGCAAUUCAUGAUAUAAAUUCAUCUUUAAUACUUGAAGCACCCAAGGAAUUUAGAGAUGAACCCUAUUUUAAAGAAGAACUUGUGGAUGAACCAUUUCUAAAUUUGGGAAAGUCUUUCCAGUCCCAACAAAAAGAGAUAGACAACAGCAAGGAGGCCUGGGAAAUGCAGGAAUUUCUGACUCCUAGGUUGCAGGAAAUGGGUGAAGAAAGAGAAAUGCUUGUAGAUGAAGAGUAUGAGCUAUAUCAAGAUUGCUUUCAGGCCAUGGAAUUGUAUCCCUCCUCGCACAUUCAAGAGGCCACUCCUGUUCCAUCCAUGAAAGAACUUCACUUUGGUACACAGUGGUUACAUGAUAAUGAACCACCUGAGGCUCAAGAAGCAAGAUCCAUGAUGAGUAUAUAUUCCCAGGAGACACAGCAGUAUGGCUAUGGCACUGAAAACAUGAUGAAAGAAAAUUUUGGCAUUGAUUCCCUGCCAUCCAUAUCCUCAACUGAAGGAAACAGUCAACAAGGCAGAUAUGACGAUCUGGAAAAUCUUAAUUCAUUAACAAAAAGCAGUCUGGAGUUAGGCAUGAUAAUUCCAAAUGACGUCCAAGGUCCUGGCCUGCUUGCUGAACUUCCUGCUGCAGCUCAAAGAAGGCACCAAGAAGAUCUGCCCUUAUACCAACUCCCAAGGGCCCGAGUUAUUUCCAAGACCUCGGCAUACACGGGGAUGUUAUCUUCUAGAUAUUCCACUGAUGCAUAUGAGUUACCUGAGAGAGAAGAAGGUGAAGGAGAAGAAACUCCAAACUUCAGCCACUGGGGUCCACCAAGAAUUGUUGAGAUUUUUAGAGAACCCGAUGUGUCUCUUGGUAUCAGUAUUGUUGGUGGACAAACAGUUAUAAAACGCCUGAAGAAUGGAGAGGAGCUGAAAGGUAUAUUUAUCAAACAAGUUUUAGAAGACAGUCCAGCAGGAAAAACAAACGCUCUUAAAACUGGAGAUAAAAUACUUGAGGUGUCUGGAGUAGACUUGCAGAAUGCCUCACACAGUGAAGCCGUGGAGGCCAUCAAGAACUCAGGGAACCCUGUGGUGUUUGUUGUUCAGAGCUUGUCGUCCACUCCAAGAGUCAUUCCUAGUGUGCCUAACAAAGCCAACAAAAUCACUAAUAACCAGGACCAAGACAACAAAGAAAAAAAAGAAAAGAGGCAAGGAACUGCUCCACCUCCAAUGAAACUGCCACCUCCUUACAAAGCUCCAUCUGAUGACAGUGAUGGAAAUGAAGAAGAAUAUGCAUUUACCAACAAAAAAAUCAGGCAAAGAUAUGCAGAUUUGCCUGGAGAAUUACACAUUAUUGAACUUGAAAAGGAUAAGAAUGGACUUGGACUCAGCCUUGCUGGCAAUAAAGACAGGUCACGCAUGAGCAUAUUUGUGGUGGGAAUCAACCCAGAAGGACCUGCUGCCAAGGAUGGACGAAUGCGUAUUGGAGAUGAGCUGUUAGAGAUAAAUAAUCAGAUUCUUUAUGGAAGAAGUCACCAAAAUGCAUCUGCCAUUAUUAAGACUGCCCCGUCCAAGGUCAAGCUGGUUUUCAUCAGAAAUGAAGAUGCAGUCAAUCAGAUGGCUGUUACUCCCUUCCCAUUACCAUCAAGUUCUCCAUCUUUUAUUGAGGAUGAGAGUGGCACUGAACCUGUUAGUAGUGAAGAAGACGGCAGCCUCGAAGUUGGUUCCAAACAAUUGUCUGACAGUGAGACCUCCAAAUUGGAAGAUAUCUCCCAUGUGGUUAGUCAAGGUGUGGUGGCAGACCAGCAGAAGGCCCUGGAGUGCUCAGCUGACAACGCUGUCAGCCAGAUGAAACAACAAAAAUAUUCGACGAAAGUCUCCUUCAGUUCACAAGAGAUACCUUUAGCACCAACUCCAUCAUACCAUUCAACAGAUGCAGACCCCACAAGUUAUGGUGGUUUCCAGGCUCCUCUGUCAGUGGACCCUGCCACAUGUCCCAUUGUCCCUGGCCAGGAAAUGAUUAUAGAAAUCUCCAAGGGACGUUCAGGGCUUGGUCUCAGCAUUGUGGGAGGAAAAGACACACCCUUGGAUGCUAUAGUUAUACAUGAAGUCUAUGAGGAAGGAGCAGCCGCCAGAGAUGGAAGACUGUGGGCUGGUGACCAGAUAUUGGAGGUUAAUGGGGUCGACCUGAGGAGUGCCAGACACGAAGAAGCCAUCACCGUCCUGAGACAGACCCCUGCAAAGGUGCGACUGGUGGUGUUUAGAGAUGAGACACACUACAGGGAUGAGGAGAACUUGGAGAUUUUCCCUAUAGAUCUGCAGAAGAAAGUCGGCCGAGGACUGGGCCUGAGCAUCGUUGGAAAACGAAAUGGAAAUGGAGUGUUUAUUUCUGACAUCGUGAAAGGUGGAGCCGCAGACCUUGAUGGGAGAUUGAUUCAGGGCGAUCAGAUCUUGUCUGUAAAUGGGGAGGAUGUGAGAAAUGCCUCACAGGAGACAGUGGCCGCCAUCCUCAAGUGUGCACAGGGGCUUGUGCAGCUAGAGAUUGGGAGACUCCGAGCCGGUUCCUGGGCCUCCGCACGGAAGACAUCACAGAACAGUCAGCGGAGUCAGCACGGUGCCCCCAGUGGCUUGCAUCCCGCCCUGGCUCCUGUCAUCAGCAGCCUGCAGAACCUCGUGGGCACAAAAAGAGCUUCAGAUCCUUCCCCCCAAAAUUCAGGCACAGAUACGGAACCAAGGACCGUUGAGAUAAUCAGGGAGCUCAGUGAUGCCCUUGGAAUCAGUAUUGCUGGAGGAAGAGGAAGCCCCUUAGGAGAUAUCCCAGUGUUCAUUGCCAUGAUUCAGGCCAACGGAGUGGCUGCGCGCACACAGAAGCUUAAAGUUGGAGAUCGGAUUGUCAGCAUCAAUGGGCAACCUUUGGAUGGGCUGUCUCACACGGACGUGGUUAAUCUGCUGAAGAACGCCUACGGGCGCAUUAUCCUGCAGGUUGUAGCAGAUACCAAUAUAAGCGCCAUAGCAACUCAGCUUGGAAAUUUGUCUACAGGCUACCACCUUGGUUCACCCACUGCUGAACACCAUCCAGAAGACACAGAAACACCUCCACCUAAGAUUAUUACUUUGGAGAAAGGCUCUGAAGGAUUGGGGUUUAGUAUUGUAGGGGGUUAUGGAAGUCCCCAUGGAGACCUGCCAAUUUAUGUCAAGACUAUAUUUGCAAAGGGAGCAGCUGCAGAUGAUGGCCGACUGAAGCGCGGUGAUCAAAUUUUAGCUGUUAAUGACGAGUCUCUAGAAGGUGUUACUCAUGAGCAAGCUGUGGCCAUUCUGAAACGCCAGAGAGGGACUGUAGUCUUUACUGUGCUGUCAUGAGCCUCGGAUCCUGAUCACGAGAUAGAUGUUGUAGAAUGUCCAUAGGAAGAUGCAGCUCUGAGAGAGGAGGAAAAGCAACCUCAGCUAAAAUCCACCUUCACUCUUACUCUCUCUUCCUCUCUGCCCAGAAGAGACGGCUGAGGUUCCACAUGAAUUUCCCACAUCAACAGUCAGCUCCCUAAUGUUUCCCAGCGUCUGUCACCUCUGGGUGAGGUCGAAUGAGUCUUAUCCGCUUUGCAUUUAACAUCAAUGUUUACCAACUAGUAGUAACUGGUUCUGAUUAUACUUGCUGAAACUGAAGUUAACAACCACUCAUUCCUUAUGCCCUUUUCUCCUCAUCCCUACUCAAACGGAGGCUUAACAGAACCUCAGAUCUCGUCUGAUGAACAGAAACAAAUGUUAAGCAACUGUCAUCUCACUCACGAUUUACUUAUGCUAAUUGUCUCUUCAAAUACACCAGAAAACAUUAACAGUAUAAUUAAUUUACCAGUGAUCCCCAUGAUGAAAUACCAAAAUCUCCUACGGGAAAUUACUGUGCUGUCUUCUGUAUGACUUACAGUCAAAUAAGUCUCAAAUUCAUUCUCUAAAUAGAUCUUUAUAAGUUAAUCAUUGGUGAUUACGAUGAGUCAAUUUGCAGACUAUAAUCUAAAAAUUCCAAAAGACUUUCCAGUUAUUUUCUUAGCUACAUAAAUGCACACCACCUAGCAAAAGCACCUUAUUCUCAACAGGAACAAUUAGUAUGCAUGUUCUGAAUUCUAAAAAUGCUAAAUUAUGUUCGAGUCUGGGAAGUUCAUCUGGAGUUAAGGGCAUCUCAGUAAGCAGGUAUCAUGCCCACCCCUUAGUUUUCAGACCAGGAGAUGGAACUCCCAAAACCACACUGCAGAGAUCAGCAAGUUUUGCCUCAAGUCAGACGCAGUCUAGGUGGCCUUGGCCUUGUGGAACAUGGAAUGACAAAUUUGAGUAGCCUUCGCCUUGGCCCCAUACUGGUCAGCCUAGCCACACAUCUAUGUUCCUAGACUGUAGGGACCUGGAUGGAACAAUGCAUUUAGCCACAAAGUAACUGAACAAAUAAACUGAAUCUAGGAAUCAAUGAUGAGUUCUUAACUAAUGUUUCCUGAUCUCCAGGGAGCCUCCCACUGCUGUAGUCAUGCGUGCUAAGAAAGCAACUACAGCCAAAAAUGCAAGAAUACCUUUAAGGGUGCUUAGGGUCAUUCUUAUUCAGGUAUUAGAAGGAAAAAAGGGGGAGGUGCUUAUCAGCAGCUGUUUUAAGCUUCUUCUGUUAAAAAAAAUACACCAUGAGGAUGAGUAUCAGGAUCAUUACUGGAAAUAGUUGGCAUUAUUUAAUGAAAACACAAUGCUGCAAAUCGUUCACAGUAAUUACUAAAAUGUAAUGGACUCUAAUUUAAAAUGUUAUUUAAUAAGUAUAGAUUUUAAUUGAGAAUUACCUUUGGGUAGAUAUAAUCACAAAGUGCAUUAACUCUUGUUGGAAUAUUUUGUGGCUAUUCCAAAGUAUAGAGUGCCUAAAUUUUAUGUUGAAAAUGUCUUCGUGACUGAUAUUAAAUCACACACGGCUUUUGAGAUUUCUAAGAUAUCCAAGAUAUGCGGUAUUGUUAGGACCCUGUCUUUCAGUGCAUGAGAAGCUGUCACCCUCUGAACAAUCUGUUCAUUGUAUCUGCAAGAACACCUCAGGCAUCCAAGAAAAAUGAAACCCAAAUAAAACUUGAAAAUGCACCUUAAAAUUAUAUAUAUAUACACAUGCACACCUUUGAAAUGUGAUUCUGCUUGAUUUUGAUGGACUGGCCAUUAAACACACAUUUUGAAAUAAUACAUUGUUGUUGUGUGUCUUUACACAUUGUCCUUCUAGGUCAUGUUAUCCACCACCUGUUGAUAAAGGAAUUGUGAUGCUUUAUACUCCUCGCGGCAGUAAAUUGACAGAACUGGUGCUUCUCACAACUGGUCCUAUCUCUGCUUGCAUGACUAAUAAAAUAGUUGCCUUGCCAAAAACACUUUUUGCAUCAGAACGUAUGUCAAGCUAAGAGGAUAUGAAGAUGGGAACUUAUAAAAGAAGUGUUCUCGCAGCCACAGAUACUGUUUUGGCUUCGUCAUUCAGGCCAUUUAUAUACAGUAAUAACAUCACUAUUUGGAGUUAGCAUGA